AUGAUGCGGGAUUUGGACGCAUCCAGCCCAGUCGUUUGGCCUCCAUGGUGUUAUUCAGUGGACAUCAAAAGAGACAUCGACUUGUUUGGUUUGCCGAAGAGCCGACGUUCGGGGGUCGGUAUGCAGAUUGAGCACUCGGUGAAUAACAACAACACGACUAGCACCAACAACAAUAGAGUGGCGGCCGCGGCCGACGUGAAGACGGAACGCUUGAGCCCGGUGGCUGCGGCGGGCGGCGACUCAGCAUCGUCGCGUAGCGGCACGCCGUCCUCUUCGUGCUACCCCAACACGCCGCCCGGCGUCUCUGCCGCGGUGGACCGCGUGUCCAGUCCUGCGCCCAACCGAAACUGCAGCGACCUCAUACGAAGUCUGGCCGCCAAGUACCAGAAUGCCAACCCCAGCGAGUACAUGCCUUCGCGGAACGGUUUAAGCCUCGGCAUACUGUCAGCUGCCACCGCCGCUGCAGCAGCGGCGGCUGCCGCGGCCGCGUCGACCAAAGACAACGGCUGCGACGGGAGUCUGCUGAACCCAGGAUUUCCAUUCGCGACGCCCACCAUACCUGGGACCAACGUGCCCAUGUUCCCACCCAUGAUGGACAUGUCGUCCACGCAGGCGCUACUGUCCAUGGUCCGGUCUUCACAGUUUGACGCGUUCAUGAGCGGCAAGACCGGCGGUGGCACCAAGCGGCCUAGCUCUGCUUCGUCGUCGUCGUCCAACCAGCUGCACCCUCACAACAUCGGCUCGGCGGCCGCUGCCUCAGCGUCCGAACAGAACCCGCUUGACCUGUCGUCGUCGUCGAGUCCAUGCAAAAAACCUCGCAAAGGUCAUCCGCCUGCGCCCGGCCAAUGGGAGAGCGCCGCGGCCGCCGCCGGAUCGUUUGCCGAAACGUUCCUCAACAUACCGGCUUUCGGUCUGGCUCUGCAAAAGUCCCGGGAAAAGGUCGCCCUGACCUGCAAUGGCGUAGGCGGCAACAACAAGCGGCUGGGCAGCGUGUCGCCGAAACCGUCAAAGGCUCCGUCGAAACAGUCCCCGUGCCAUCAGACCGCUCCCAGCCGGGUGUUACCUUGCGCUUCGACCUGUUCCGCACCGUCGGCCACCUCCACCGCCGAUAAACACACCUGUCCCAAUGUGGCCGACAAGUCGGUAGUGUCUUCGUGGACGGUGGAUGACGUGUGUGAUUUCGUUGGAACCAUCGACUUGUGCGCCGAGUACUCACAGGUCAGUAGUGUUAUAUAG